AUGGAGGAUUGGGGUUCAGAGAAAUCAAAACCUUCAAUGAUGCCUUGCUUGCUAAGCUCAGCUGGAGAAUCCUCACUAACCCGAAUUGCCUACUCUCGAAAGAUCGGCGUCUCAUGGUUGGCGAGGGAUAUGUAUAGGUUGAGACCUUCUAAAGCAAUGGUUGGGACGCGUAAUAGGCAAUGGAAUGACCACCUCACUAUGGACUCCAGAGAUUGGAAUCUGCCCCUGAUCAAAGAAAUUUUACCAAACUAUGAAGAAGACAUCCUGAAAAUCAGACCAAGUGCAACAGGAGGUGAAGACACCUGGGCUUGGCUUCCAACAGUUUCUGGAACAUAUACGUCAAAGUCAGGUUAUUUUGAGACGCUAAACCAGCGAGAGAGAGGUGAUGCUGCCCAAGUACCUCCACCAGUAACAGACUUUCAAUGGCAUUCAGCAAUCUGGGCUCUAAAGUGCUCACCAAAAAUCAAAAUGUUCCUGUGGAAGCUAGCACAAGAAGCACUACCUUUGGGAGCUAAACUAGUGCAGAAACAUAUAGCUGACAAUGCUAAUUGCCCUCAUUGUGGAGCGGAGGAGACAUCACUUCACCUGUUUUUCCAUUGUCCUUUUGCUGAUCGUUUAUGGAAAUUAGCACCUUUGUCCACUCGCUUGGUUGCAGCGGAGGUUACUACAAUCAAAUCCGGCAUCACCGCUUACACUAAACUGACUUGUCUCCCACCCACGGGGAUUAACCUGGGUCCACUUGCACCGUGGAUCCUAUGGAUGAUAUGGACAGCAAGAAACCGGCUCUUAUUUAGCAAAGAAAGAACCCUAGCAUCAGACGCCUUGACCAUGGCCAUAGUGUGA